AUGAACACAAUCCAGAAAACUACAAUAAUAAAUCAUCAUUGUGAAAUGGCUGAAACUAAAUCCAUUACAAAUUUUACUAAAUGCAGAAUAUGUCUAAAAGAAGGCGGAAUACCCAUUUAUGGACCUGACUGUUCUACUGAUCUAUCGUACGAUGUGAGAACAUUUGGAGACAUCGACAUCAGCGAAGAUGAUGAGUUUCCUAAGUAUUUGUGCAGUGCUUGUUACAAACUUUUACAAUGUGCGAUACUAUUUCGAAAGGCAGCUAAACAAUCCGAAAUACUCUUGAGUGAAUCAAUUUUGAAAAACAGUUCUGUGUCUGUAUCGGAGUUCAGUUGUAGUACGGAAUCAGAUGAACCUCAGAAUGAUUAUUGUGAAAACAAUGCAAAUAAUGAUAGACCCACUCAGUGGUCAUCAGUGCAACAGUAUUUCUUAGAUUUAAGCAACUGUGAUCUCGAUAACAUAAAGUUACCUGUUUGUCUCAAUUUAGCCAGAGGUAAAAAAGUCCAAUGUCGCAUAUGCAAGAAAGUUGUUAGCAAAGGACAUAGUAGAGAUCACUAUGCUAUCCACGACUCUACUUUGCCUAAAUACAUUUGUCACAUUUGUGGAAAGUCAUUUCGUCAACAAAGCGCACAUGCUAACCACAGGUUUACUCACAGUACAGAUUUCAAAUUCAAAUGCAAGAUCUGUCCAUACAGAGGACGCAGUUCAAGUCUGCUUAAAGGUCAUAUGAAGACGCAUACUGGAGAUUAUCGUUAUUUGUGUACAGAAUGUCCUGCCAGAUUCUUGACUAAAAGCAAUUUGAACAGACAUAGUCUUCGGCACAAAGAAUCGGCGUUUAAAUGUGAUACUUGCAAAAAGGCUUUUCAUUCAAAACUAUACUUACAAAGACAUUAUGAAGUAGAUCAUUUAGGAGUGAAAAACUACAGCUGCAACUUGUGUGGCAAAGCUUUUGGCUACAGAAAACAAAUGAGGAGACACCAAAUAGAUGUACACAAGCAAGAAAAGAAGUCGCCUGGCCGAAUGCCUUCAUAUUUGAAUAAUAAAUUAAAUGCAGACAUUUAAGAGAAUAUUGUGUCAAUUGUAGAGUUUUAAGAGUUAAGAAUCUUUAAAUUAUUGAUACUUAAUUCUCUGCAUUACCAGUUGACUGAUAGUGAAUGCCUUAGGAUUAAAGUUUACCACUCCACAUUAUACAAUUCCUAUGCCAGGUUAUAGUUAUCAACUGAAAGACAUAGAUUUCUCUAUACAAUCCUCCUUUAUCAAGUGCAUUCAAAUAUGCUAACCUAAAAAAAAUAAUGCAUUUUCAAUUCAUUACAUUAGUCAAUUAUAACAUUAAAAUAUUUUUACUGACUUUAAAAUCACUUUAACAUAAAACUUUUGUAGCUAUUGUUAUUUUUAGCUGUAACCUGCAUUUGUUCAUUAUUAAAACUGAAUAAUAUAGGGUGUAAUUAACCUGAUCAUGUUUGAAGUGCCAUAAAAAUUGAUCUAGUACUUUAAGAGCCUGUUUUCUGAGAGAGAGUAACAAAACAAAAAAGAAAAAAACCUAAAUAUUUCUUCUGUUACAGUAAAAGUUCUGUAAAUAUGCUGUGAAUACAGAAAAAGCAGGAUAUUCGGCUUCGCAAAUGAGUUGCUUUUACUGUAUUCGAUUUUUUCCACAUCUUGUUUAUAUAGUGAAUUCAUCACGUUAGUAUGUAAUAAGGUACUUACCAAAGAAGUUACUUAUUCAUAGAUAAACCUAAUAAAAUAUAAUUUGUAUGGUCCUAGGAACAAUGUUUAAUUUUGAUUUCCUAGAGAAAAUAAAAAGGGCAAUUGAAGAA